UGUCAAAAUUUUAUUUUUGACAUCGAUAAAAAGUAAUAAUGAGUAGCAUAAAAUCGCUGGUAAAACCUAUAGUACAAGCCAGUUAUGCGGCUACAAGAAAGAAUUUAAAAAUAAGUUCAGUAACAAAAGUAAUUUGUCAAGGAUUUACUGGAAAACAAGCGACAAUUCAAGCAAACGCCGCUAUUAAAUACGGUACGAGAAUCAUUGGAGGUGUUACGCCUGGAAAAGGUGGUCAACGUCAUUUAGAACUUCCAGUUUUCAAUACAGUUGCCGAAGCCAAAGAACAUUUGAAACCAACAGCCUCCAUAAUUUACGUACCGGCUCCGUACGCCGCUGACGCCAUAAACGAAGCCAUCGAUAACGAAAUUGAAUUAAUAGUUUGUGUAACGGAAGGCGUUCCAAUUCACGAUAUGAUCAAAGUAAAAUCACGUUUAUUAUCCCAGUCGAAAUCAAGACUUAUUGGCCCAAAUUGUCCCGGUAUAAUAGCGCCUGGUAGAUGUAAAAUUGGAAUCAUGCCAGGACACAUUCACAAAGCCGGAAACGUUGGAAUCGUUUCAAGAUCGGGUACUUUAACGUACGAAACGGUUUACCAAACAUCUAAUAUCGGAUUAGGUCAGAGUUAUUGUAUUGGAAUUGGUGGCGACCCUUUUAAUGGAACGGAUUUCGUAGACGCUUUAGAUUUUUUCUUGGACGAUGUGCGAACCAAAGGGAUUAUUCUAAUCGGGGAGAUCGGAGGAUGUCAAGAAGAAAAAGCCGCCGAAUUUUUAACGAACUUUAAUACAGGGGAGAAGAAAAAACCUGUAGUUUGUUUCAUAGCAGGUUUAUCGGCACCUCCCGGUAAAAGAAUGGGGCACGCAGGUGCCAUAAUACAAAGAGGAACAGGAACGGCUACAGCAAAAAUUAACGCUUUAUUAAAAGCUGGUUGCGUCGUUGUGCAAUCACCAGGACACAUUGGAGCAGCCAUGAAAAGAGAAUUAGAAAAAAUGAAGAUGCAUUAAUAAUAAAUAAAUAAAUUAUUAAAAGUU